CAUCAUGGCGACAAAAGGUGAAAAGAAAGACCCAACACAAAGUCCAAGUGCUGAAAACGGCCUUUCAGUGGCAUAUCUUGUUGCAUAUAAUGUACUUCAGAUGAUAGGAUGGACUCUUUUGAUGUUUAAGCUGGUAUAUCACAUGGUUACAGAACGUACAGUGGUGGGAUUGUAUGAUGAAGUUGCAACUUUCCUAAAUACAUUUCAAACUGCUGCAGUUUUAGAAAUUCUUCAUUGUGCCCUUGGGUUGGUGAGAUCCAGAGUAGUGUUGACUGCUUUCCAAGUGUUCUCCAGGGUCUUCCUGACUUGGGCUAUUACAUACAGUGUGCCCUCUGUUCAGAAUUACUAUGGAGUACUUCUGUUUGUAACAGCGUGGACAGUCACUGAAAUCAUCAGAUAUUCAUUCUACUUUUUCUCUCUGCUGGGAGGGGUUCCAUAUUUUAUAGUAUGGUGUCGGUACACAUUUUUCAUCGUUUUGUAUCCAAUAGGAGUUACAGGAGAACUAAUCACUGUGUUCAGUAGUCUAAGAGAAGUCGAGGAGAAGAAGUUGUAUUAUCUACAGCUGCCUAAUGCUGCCAACAUGUCUUUUAAUUACUUCUACUUCCUUAUAUUCUUCAUGAUUAUGUAUAUUCCAGUUUUUCCCCAACUGUACAUGCAUAUGCUGGCUCAACGAAGAAAGGUUAUAGGAAACAUUGAUAAACCUAAAUCGCAGUAAACAUGUCAAAGUGUGUGUAUGAAGACUUAGGAAUACAUGUGUCUCUUGUAUGGACAAAAGCAACAGUACAAUCACAAAAGAAUUUAUCAGGGUGUUAUGUUAUAUGCCAAGAAUUUAUUUCAUUAUGUAGUGAAAAUCACUGAUUGAAAAAAUAUAAAUAUUUUGUCCCAGAUCACUUACAUGAAUAAUUGUUAUAAAAUGGCCUUAGUAUUUUUUAAAAUAAAAAUUAGGAAACUAAAAUAAA